AUGACAAGUUCCUCAAACUCCUUCUCAGGUGGUACUGGUUGGCUAAGCAGCCAGAAAGACACAGAAACCAUGUCGUCCGUAGACAGAGGUGACACCGAACCCGAUACCUCCAGCGACAGCGACAAGGACAUCUUCGUGCCACCUAUUUUGAGAAAACAGCCAUCCCAGACUCAAGAUCAGCAUCAUGUCAGCGAUCUCGCCAGGGACACACGCCCGUCCAACGCGUUCCACUCGUCCUCAGGAAACAGGGCAGACGAAGGCGCGUCACCGAAUUGCGGGCAGCAACAUCAGCAUCAGCAAUCUAUCGAUACUAAUAUCGUGAGUUCUUGGGCCAUCGCUUUCGGGUCUUCAGUCCAAGUUCAGGAGGGUCAUGCCCAGACGAAUCACAUCGGAGACCUCCAGUUUGACAAAGGUGGUGACACUUCCACGUCGACCCGCCCCCCUUAUAAACCUUUCGGUCAAAGAAGAGCGAAACGACCCAUUUCCAGCAACUUUCGGAAGCCUAUCAGAGGCCGGCCAGAUAGCAACGCUCGUUCACACGAUGCUGAUGGGGAUGUCAUCAUGAGGGAUGCUUCUUGA